AUGGCUGAACCAUUACUCGGCACAUUCGACGAAAAAGCAUACAAGAAGCGCAAGCACUGGCGUAUUGAUGUUGAAGAAGAAGCUCGUAACUGCGCUGGCAGUGAUAAUGUUAUCUUAGCUUCAUACUCUGAUUUAUUGCAGCGCGUUUUCAACUCAAUGCAAAAGAACCCAGAAGAUGAUAACCGCGCCCGUAAGAUCGCCUUACCAAACCCACAAAUCGAUCGUAAGGGUAAGAAGACAAUUUUCGCCAACUUUACAACAAUCUGCGACCAGCUCAAGCGUUCCCCAGAGCACGUUAAGCAAUACAUCAAUACAGAGCAGAAUGCAGACUCAUCAAUCGAUGGAAAUGGCGCUUUGAUUAUCUCUGGCCGUCUCCAGCAAUCCCAAAUCGAAAAGCUUAUGCUUAACUAUAUUCUUACAUACGUUCAGUGCCCAGUUUGCCAUAGCACUGAUACAAAGUUAGAAAAGCAGAACCGUCUUCAGUUUAUCAAAUGUAAUACUUGCACAGCUCAGCGUGCUGUUCAACAAAUUAAGGGUGGCUUCGUAGCAAAUACAAACAAGCGCUCUCGCCGUUAA